AUGGAGAGAGCCGAACGCAGUCUUACGUCAACAUUCCUCUCAUUUUUCCUCCUCUUCCUCUUCCUCCUCCUCGUGCCGAAGAGCGAGGGGAUCCUCAACGGGCCGGCAUCAGGGGUAACUCCCCGACCGGUCUGCGCGUCCCAAUACGCGCUGGCGAACUACGCCUGCUCACUGAUACCCUACAGCCCGUUACCGCCCCCGGCGCCCUCCACGCCCUCCUUGGAUGCGCACCACCACCGCGGGAGGCGUGGGCACGGGCACGGGCAUCACCGCCACCAUCACCGCCACCAGGGCACGCAGGAGGAGGACGACUGCUGCCGGUGGCUGUAUGAGAUAGACACCGACUGCGUUUGCGAAAUGUUGGUCCACUUGCCGGACUUCCUCUCUAGGCCUGUCCAUGAGUACUCCCUCAUUGUCGGCGAUACCUGCAAUGUCACUUACAGCUGCGGAGGAAGGGUCAUACGGAAAUAA